AUGGAUUCUCAAUCAUUCGAUUACUGGAUGGCACAAGGCAACUAUAUUGCUCCACCACACCAGACAGCCGUAUUCGAGAUGCCUCCAGACCUCUCUAAAGUUCCGAGUCUGAGCGGAUCACCUGUCUCAUCUACAUACGACCAAUUUCCUGCACCUCUCCACCAAGCUUACUACCCUCACAUUGUCGACGAGCCCAUGCAGUUCGGAUCAUAUCCCAUGCCAAUGACUCCCUCCGAUUUUGGAUCAGAUCACGAUAGCCCAUACUGCAGUCCGCGGCCAUUACAGCACACUGAACCUCCUUUCGGAACUAUCCACACACCUGCACCAGCGGAACGAAAUCACACUACCUCAGGGCGCCGAAGAGCUCAAAAUCGCGCCGCUCAACGUGCGUUUCGAGAGCGCAAAGAAAAGCACGCCAGAGAUCUUGAAGCUCAGCUAUCAAUUCUGAACGACAAAUACACCAAGCUCGAAGCAUCUCACACAGAGCUCAAUGCUGCCUACGAAAAGCUUCGAAGGACAAUCGAGCUUCUCACACAGGACGACGAUGCAGAGGGUGAUGAUGAGGAAGGGACUGUUACCCGCAGGCGAGGGAGCAACUCGGAUACUCUCCGCAAGCUCCUGGAUAUAUUACAUGGGGAGUUCAAAGGAAUGGCGCCAGUGAAAACAGAGAUAUCCUAG